AUGCAAAGUGAGUAAGAGCUCUCAAUACAUCAAGUAAAAACCAGCAGUGUAUUAUUGAGAGAAACAUGCAUUUUGAUUGCGCGGCUUUAGGUAACCUGCUGUUUUUGGUCUUCUGUUUCUGUAGGAGAGAGAAAAGGUGCUGAAGACCCCAGUCUCUUCCAGGUGCGUCUCAUCGACACCCUCUCUUUACAGUUGUGUCUGAAGAGCCCACAACACUCAGCUGAAGCCACCUCUUCCUGCAGAGUCACAGAAGUCAUGGUGGACGUAUUUUACAAACAAACAAACAAGCAAAAAACUCUUUCCAUGGAAUUGGUGGGAUGGGGCUGGGGAGAAACUAGUAAAUGUGGAUUGCUUUUCACAGACCAACAGAAGGAACUGCCAGGCACACAAAGUCAGACUUCAAAUGGACCAAAAAAACCCUCAGAAAAAUAUCAAGAUGGAGAUUUUAAAGAGAAUCAAGAAAAUUAA